AUGAGCGAGGGUUCAAAUUCCACUUCGGCUGCGGCCUCUACGCAGAGGCAGGUUCGCGUGCAGCUUACUAGCAAACAAGAAGAUAUUGCACUACCUGAGAAUACCGGCCCGAUUCUGGUUCCCACAGGUCUUCGAAGAUAUGCACUCUCGACGUUGGUGAACAAUCUCCUUGGCAAUGAUAAGCCAAUUCCAUUCGAAUUUUUGAUCAACGGGUCUUUCCUCCGAACUUCGAUCGAUGAAUACCUGACUGCCAAUGGUAUCUCUGCGGAAACUACCUUAGAAAUCGAAUAUGUGAGAGCUUUGAUUCCACCUCUGCAUAUUGCAUCGUUUGAGCAUGACGACUGGGUAAGCUCGGUUGAUGUGCUUUCUACGACCUCGCCCGCCGCUUCUUUGGCCUCUGCAACAAUUGCCGCGGGCCAAGAAAGGAUCCUCUCUGGCAGCUACGAUGGCCUACUUCGAGUGUGGAACAUGUCAUCUCAGAUAGUUGCAACCUCGCCAUCUGCCGCCGAUGGUGGUCAUACCGCAUCUAUUAAAGCCGCCAAGUUUAUUUCCCCAAAUUCAAUUGUAUCCGCAGGUCUCGACCGGACAGUCCGUGUGUGGAAGUAUUCUGAGGAUGGGGAUGGUUUCUCGGGUAAGAUAGCGCCUCAGCUUGAGCUGUAUGGGCAUAAGGGCCCUAUCAACUCGUUGUCUGUACAUGCGCCUUCGAAUCGCAUACUUUCUGCCUCGUCAGACCACAGCAUAGGCUUCUGGUCAACCAAGAAAUCAGAUGCACCAGCCGCUCCAGAGGAUCUAUUGCCAUCUGCUGCCUUGAGGAGCUCCAAGAGGAGAAAGCUGAAUUCGUCUGUGACCAUCCCUCAACGAGGACCCCUGGCACUCCUGUCCUCCCACAGUGCACCUGUGUCGGCUGCAAUCUUCGACUCCAAUGAUUCCACUGUCGGUUAUUCAGCUUCUUGGGACCAUUCCCUGCGUACAUGGGAUCUUGUAACUGCUACACUUGUGGAUACUCGGACAACAUCUCACUCACUGCUUUCACUUGAGCACCUCCCUGAACACCACCUACUCGCCGCAGGAACAUCCGCUCGCCAUAUCACGCUGAUCGACCCUCGGGUGUCAGCAACUACAAUUGCGGCCAUGACUCUGCGAGGCCACACAAACGCUGUUGUCUCGUUGGCUCGUGAUCCCAAAAGUUCCUAUGGUCUCAUUAGUGGAAGUCAUGAUGGUACAUGUCGGAUUUGGGAUAUCCGGGCCACGAAGACAGACAAGGAUGGCGUUGUUGGGGAGAGUGUAUAUUCCAUCUCCCGCAAGAGCCUGGAAGAACAAGGUAAAUCUGAGGCCAAGCGUAUCGGUGGAGAGGGCGUCAAGGUUUUUGGUGUGGCUUGGGAUGGAACAGUAGGCAUUGUCAGUGCCGGUGAGGACAAGAGGAUCCAAAUCAAUCGGGGCGAAGGCGUCUUAUCUUCUGCGUAG